UAUUUUGUGGAAAAUAUUUCAAACGGAUGAACCGGAAAGUUUCGAACUUAUGUUAAGAGCUCAACUCAUGCUGUUCCGCGUUUACGAAGGUAGACAGAAAAUCGAUCAGCAAUACCCGAAGAAAAUAGCUUAUUAUUUUUAUAAAAUCCUGAACCAUCCUCUCUAUGCCGACUUAGACAAUGCGCUUAAAGUGAGAUUAAGUAGCGCAAUUGCUAGAUCAUCGAAUGAUUAUAAAACUCUAUUAUUCCAACCGGUUUUUUGUCUAAUGAAUGUUGCAUACGAAGAAUACAUGUACACGGCUAUUCAAGCAAAACUUGAUUCGGAAAACCGUUUUAUAUGGGUGUGGCACGAGAAGAAAUACAUUGAUGAUGCUGGUCAUAUUAAAGCUGAGAUUAUCGAGCCGUCAAAUGGUAAUGCGUUCGAUUUUAAAGUCAAAUUAAUCGGAGUAAAAUUCAAUCUACCAUAUCAUCGCUUGGACUAUCAUCAAUUUGCUAUAGGUGGUUGGCAAGGAUACGGACAGCCCGAGAACUAUGAUUGGGAUUUUCAAUUUGCUGACGACGACUUAAUUGUUUUCCAACAGGACGGUUUCACGAUGUGCGUCGGUGAUAAUCAAGAUACGGAGAGACGUAACGUGUAUGGAUUCAUGGAUAGCGAGCAUACUGCUAAAGAUGCUAUUUGCCAAUGGAAAAUUGGAAGUUGCGAUCGCCGAUAAAAACUAAGAAAAAAAUAGAAUACUUUUUAAUCCUUAUAAAAUUAACUUAACUGCUUUCGCUUGAAGUCUUUCUAAGCAACACAUGUCAUGAUGACGUAUCAACCUGUUCUAUACAGAUAUCAAAGCAUGAACACUUCAAUAUAAUUAACAUAAUACGUAUGCAGAUAUAUGUGGACAUUACAUGAGUAUUUUUAUACUUAGUAUAUAUUUACAACGUAAUAACAUUUUUUUUUACAUUGAAAUAAAGAUGAUAUGAAAAAUACGUAAAAA